UAUCUUACUGUUAGAUUAGAGAGUAUCAUUCAUGUUUCUGAAACUUUGCAGGACAAGACAAGGACUCAUCGAAGGUCGUCAUCAUGCCAGAUUUAUAGCACUCCAAGAACUGAAUUAUUGCCCGAAACACGAAAAUCAGGCCGUUUCCGGCUGUUCACCUGCCGAACUAGGCCAACAGGAUGCUUGGUAAAAGGGAAAAUCGUUGUCGGAAACAAUUCAAUGAGAAUGUUGGAUAAUGUGGAUCUUCCUUUGAGUGAUCUAAGCAAAGUCAUUGCCACUGUUUGCUCGUCGGAUAUUCUAAGUGACUGCGAAAUCGCAAUCCGGGUAAUGACCAAAGCAUGGUUGGACUCACAUGGUGAUCCUGCCAUUGAAGCUGCAUUAACAAAACCACCUGUUGUCGAGGCAAUCCUCGAGGUUUUGUUUGCUUCGAAUGAUGAUGAAAUUCUGGAAUUAGCGAUAUCAAUUUUAGCAGAAUUUGCGGAUAGGAGUGAAUUGAAUAGGCAGAUAAUACUUAACUCAGAUCCACAGCUCAAAGUCUUCUUAAAACUGUUGAGAAAUAGUAGUAUAUUUUUAAAAGCUGCUGUGCUGCUUUACUUGUUGAAGCCAAAGGCUAAGCAUCUGAUAUUACCUGAGUGGAUUCCUUUAAGCCUUAGAGUUUUAGAGUUUGGAGUGCAUUUGCAGACUCUAUUUACUGUAAAAUGUAGUCCUCGAGUCGCCGCGUUUUACGUCCUAGACCAACUCUUAACAGGUUUUAAUGAAGAUAGAAACUUAGAGAAUGCUUGUCAACUGGUUUCGAUCGGGGGAUUGAGCCUUCUGAUAAGGAAUGUUGAGAUCGGUGGUUUUCUCGAGAGGAAAAAGGUUGUUUUGAUCAUAUCCUGCUGCAUUCGAGCCGAUGGAAGUUGUCGGAACUACUUAGCUGAUGAAUUGAACCUUGCAUCUCUAAUCGAACUUAUCAUUGUGAACCGUAAGAAUUCUAAUGGAUCUGUUAUUGCCUUAAUAAUUGAGCUCCUCUGCCUAAACAGAAGAACAUUGAUAACAAAGUUCUUAAAUGAUCUGCUGAAUGGGUGGGGAGGCUUGAAUACCAUGCACAUUCUAUUAGCAUACCUAAAGAAAGCUGUACCCGAAGAACGCCCCAUGGUUGCAGCUCUCUUGUUACAGCUUGAUCUGCUGGGAGAUCCUUUGAGGUGCAGUGUUUAUAGAGAAGAAGCAGUUGAGGCAAUUAUAGAAUCUUUAGAUUGUGAAAAGUGUAAUGGAAAGAUUCAAGAACAAUCCGCCAAAGCACUUACGAUGUUGGGAGGCCGAUUUUCUCACACGGGAGAGGCAACAACCGAAACUUGGCUUUUGAAACAAGCAAGCUUUCAUGAGAGCUUAGGGGAUGCAUUUCACAUGAAGGAUAUAGGUGACAAUUUCUGGCAUGAAGAGGAGGAAGAAAUAGAUAAUUGGCGAAGGAAAGCUGCAAUGGCAUUGCUUGAAAGUGGUAACAAGAGAUUCUUAGCUGCUCUUUCGAAUUCCAUGGCAAAGGGCAUUCCUAGUUUAGCACGAGCGAGCCUGGUAACUAUUGCCUGGAUGAGCCGCUUUCUGAAUUCGGUUAGAGAUAAAGAUUUCCAGGUCACGGCAUCCUCAAUACUCGGGCCACAGUUGGUAGAAUCCUCGAAUUCUGAUCGAGUACUUGAAGAAAGGGUGCUUGCUUCUUUCUCAUUGCAGCAAAUCACAAAACGCUGUGGUGACAUUUUCAAAGCUAGCCAUUGUCAAUCAUUGAGAGUUCAACCUGUUCAUCUUUGAUAGAAUACGGAUCCU